ACUGAGCACGCGCAAUUUCGUGAGUCCUUGGAUGAUCCGCUUGCUGUAGGUUACACAGCCUGUGAAGGGACACAUAUAAAAUGCAGAGCUGGAAUCAAGUAUAUCGCACGCUGGCAGCGCGGAGCCAUCAGCUACCCAACAGGCUCCAAGGUGCAACAGUUCUUUCUGUCAGAACGUAUGCUGACAAAGCACAAAUUGAAGCUGAUGUCACAGUAGUGGGCUCUGGUCCUGGUGGGUAUGUUGCUGCUAUCAAAGCAUCCCAGCUUGGGUUCAAGACGGUGUGUGUUGAAAAGAAUGCCACCCUGGGCGGUACUUGUUUGAAUGUCGGCUGUAUCCCCUCCAAGGCUUUGCUGAACAACUCCUUCCUGUACCACCAGGCACAUGGCAAGGACUUUGAAAGCAGGGGGAUUGAAAUCACGGGGCUCACGUUGAACCUGGAGAAGAUGAUGUCACAGAAGAGUGGGGCGGUCAAGGCACUGACUGGGGGCAUUGCACAUUUAUUCAAACAGAACAAGGUGACGCAUGUGAACGGCUUUGGCAAGAUUACAGGCAAAAACCAGGUGACGGCCACAGCCGAGGACGGCAGCGAGCAGGUCAUCAACAGCAAGAAUAUCCUCAUCGCCACUGGCUCCGAGGUCACGCCCUUCCCUGGGAUAGAGGUUGAUGAAGACACUGUGGUGUCGUCCACGGGAGCCCUGGAGCUGAAGAAGGUCCCGGAGCACCUCAUUGUGAUCGGUGCCGGAGUCAUCGGAGUUGAGCUGGGUUCGGUGUGGCAGCGUCUCGGCUCCACGGUUACAGCGGUGGAGUUCUUGGGCCACGUAGGGGGUAUGGGCAUCGACAUGGAGAUCUCCAAGAACUUCCAGCGCAUCCUGCAGAAGCAGGGUAUUAAAUUCAAACUGGGCACCAAGGUCAUGGGCGCCACCAAGAGGCCAGACGGAAAGAUUGAUGUGGCUGUGGAGGCGGCGGCCGGCGGAAAGAAUGAGACACUGACUUGUGACGUGCUGCUAGUGUGUAUCGGCAGACGGCCCUACACCAAGAAUUUGGGCCUGGAGACUGUGGGCCUGGAGCUGGACAACAGGGGGCGCAUCCCUGUCAACAACCGCUUCCAGACCAAAGUACCCAGUAUCUAUGCCAUUGGUGAUGUGAUAGCUGGUCCCAUGUUGGCCCACAAGGCGGAGGAUGAGGGCAUCAUCUGUGUGGAGGGCAUGGCCGGGGGUGCCGUGCACAUCGACUAUAACUGUGUCCCUUCUGUCGUCUACACGCACCCUGAGGUGGCAUGGGUGGGCAAGACAGAGGAGCAGCUCAAAGAGGAGGGCAUCCCAUACAAGGUGGGCAAGUUCCCGUUUGCCGCCAACAGCCGAGCCAAAACCAACGCAGACACAGACGGCCUGGUGAAGAUCCUUGGCCACAAAGAGACCGACCGGAUAUUGGGCGCUCACAUCCUGGGCUCUGGGGCGGGAGAGAUUAUCAACGAGGCAGCGCUGGCCAUGGAGUAUGGAGCAUCUUGCGAGGAUGUCGCCAGAGUGUGCCACGCCCAUCCUACCGUGUCCGAAGCCUUCAGAGAAGCCAAUCUUGCAGCUUCCUUUGGAAAAGCUAUAAACUUUUAACUGCCGUCUUUGCUCACACACCUGUGUACAUAACCGUUCUGUCCAUGAUUUCCCCAACCGGAACAGUCUGUCCACAAACAACGCACACUCUAAAAUGGUGGACACGGAAAGAACCGUGACCCCCUCAGCACCUAUUUGAGGGCAACUCUGUAUACAUACAAAGACAAACUAUGUACCACAUUUAGUAUGUUAUUUAAAUGUUCUUAAUAAAGGGGUUUGGGUGAUCAGAGUGGACCGAAAAUCAGUCUUUUGACUUUUUACUUGGGAAGGUUUGCUGCUAUAUGAAAUGACUAAAGUAGGAUUUCUAGCUUUUUCCCAACACAACAUUCUUGUUAGUGCAGUGCUCAGAAUUGUAUAUUAUUAGUUUUAGAGAAUGAGUGACCCCAGGAUGACUUGUGUAACACAAGCCAUGACUGAGAUGUUUUCAAUUUGAAGACUAAAGCAAAACAAAACUAUUUUCAAUCAGGAGGCUGGAAAGGCCAAAGCAGCAUCUGUCUUGUAUGAAUUCAGAUACGGCUGCAUGUUGUCAUUCUGCGUGGUGUAUACGUUCUUGCCUAACUCUAAGUUCUUCAGAAAUAAAUAAAUGCAGCAACAAUUC